GCAUUUAUGGUUUACAGCUGUUCACGGAGAAGACAGUCCCUCCAGCCACGCGUCAACACUGACGAACUUCCGGGAAACGUUUUAAUUUGUAUUCUGGAGCUGACUGCUGUUCAAACAUAAAUGCAUAGCGUUUUAAAUACAACAGACAAAACAAGAGGCUAAAAAAAUACAAACUAAUGAAUGUACCUGGCGCGAUGUGUCAAAUCUUCGGGGCAGUCGAAAAAAAUGUCCACGGACAUUAGUGAGAGAAGUGACUGUCUCCAGUUUUGGGAAGUAUUCGCCGAACGGGUGAAGUGCUCGCUCUGGUUGCAAUGUGAGACGACGAGAUAGCCUGCUUUUUAAACCACACCGCCUAUUGCUUUCUUCCUCUUCCUCGUUCGUCAAGCUGCUAGCUUGGCUUGCAGCUAGCUUUAGGUUAAAAACAAAACGACAGGAGAGGAAACUCCACGAAAAAAACUGAUGCUGCGAAAUCUCUAAAUCUCCCGUCGGAGAAUGGGGGACCGCCGAGCAACUGGGAUAAAAUUGGCUUCUCUCGUCUUGCUCGCCUUUUCUUACAACCUGGACGCCUGCGUUGCCACUGAGAGGAUUUAUGGGCUCACAAGUUUCAUCUGAUGAGAUGAGCGUGCGUGCUGGCCAGGGUAGUGAUGAAGUGCUCGUGUCGCAGGCUGUGUGGGACUACCUGGCUGCAGCAGGCAGAUCCUGGCUCCUUGACUUCCAGCACGAGCAGGGCAUGAACGCUGGCAUCGUUAGGCGGGGUGAGAGAGGGGGCUGCUGUGCUGUAAGGUUGCAGCCGGUGCGAGGCACCGGGCUCGCCAGUGUGUCGGAUGCAGCCGUUUCCAGUGAGACACGUAAAGCCUUCAUCGAUCUGUGCCGCUGUGCCCGCAAGGAGAUGAGUAAGCAGGAAGGUGGUCCCAAGAGGAAACGGGCCCUGCUACCCUGUGUGGGUGUCCUGGAGCCAAACGGCGAGGGGAACUUGCUCCAGCCGCCGCCCCAGCCCCGCCGCUCCCAGCGACAGCAGCAGCAGAAGUUCCGGAAGGCUGUGGACGAAGAGGCCAUGGUUCAAGAGGCACCCCACAGGAAAGACUGUGGAACCUCUAACCAAGGCGAAGCCGAUGACAACACUUCUUGCUCCAUCUGCAUGGGGGACAUUGUAGACAAGACCACGCUGGAGAAGUGCGGCCACUCCUUCUGCCGCUGCUGCCUGGAUCAGGCAUUCCAGGUGAAGAGGGCCUGCCCUGUGUGUCGUCUGGUUUACGGCCUGCUAAUAGGUAACCAACCUGCCAAUGGCACCAUGAUUGUUGAGCGGGAUCCUGCUCUGCAGCUACCGGGUCAUGAGGGCUAUGGUUGUAUCUGCAUCAUCUACAGCUUCCCUCCUGGUUUACAGGCGCCAGAGCAUCCCAACCCGGGCGUGCGGUACCCAGGUACAGACCGUUUGGCCUACCUCCCUAACAGCCCCGACGGGAACCGUGUGCUCGGGCUGCUGCGCCGGGCCUUUGAACAGCGCCUUACCUUCACGAUCGGUACCUCCAUGACAACAGGCUUGCAAAAUGUCAUCACCUGGAAUGACAUCCACCACAAGACCUCAAUAUGGGGCGGGCCCCGCUGGGCACAUAAAAUCAUGUGGUGCACCGGAUCUGGCCCCUGGGCCUUGGGUUUAACACUUGUGGUUUAGGCAAACUCCCGUACACCCUCGAGGAUCCUGCCGAGUGUGUAGAGCUGGUCCACUGUUCCGUGGCCAGAACGAAAACCACAUUGCUCCUGGUGAAUCUGAGAUUCAACUUCCCGAAGGACCCUCCUUUCCAGCACCCCUGAAUCCUUUUUG